UCCCUUCUCCCGGAAUGAGCUUGUUCCCGUCCCAGCCCGGCACACUGCCCGCUCCGCUCCUUCCCGCUGAAGUCACCCUGGUGUGUCCGGCCAAAAGACCGACCUUUCUUCUCCCUCUUACCCUGGCCGCGUGGCUCCCAACCGGAUAAACUGCUGCAUCCCCAGCUCCCGGCGUGCCAGGAGAGCGAGAGGAGCCAUGCGGCUCAAACCACCCCAACCCGGCUGAGGGCUCGUUACACAUUUACCUCGUGUUAAUGAGGCAUCACCGGCUGUUCCUGGCCUUCGGACCACAGGAUGCUUCGCAGGCAGCGACCUGGCCCCGAAGCCGUGGCAGGGCAGGGCUCUGGGGGUCCCGCGGGCCACAGGUCCCUCAGCCAGAGCCCAGCCAUGAGCCGCACGCUGCUCCUGCUCCUGCUGCUGCUGCGGGGCCCCGCCGCCAGCCGCCCCCCACACGCUGCCACCCCGCGCCUCAAGCUGCCCUUCCCCGAGCUGCGGUCUCGCCAUGGUCUGCGCCUCUUUGCGCUGGAGCGCUCGUGCUGCUACGAGGCCCUGCUGCUGGACGAGGAGCGCGGCCGCCUCUUCGCCGGAGCCCAGAACCAUCUCCUCUCCCUGGCCCUGGAUGACAUCAGCCAGCGGGACAGGAAGAUCUACUGGCCGGCACCAGUGGAGUGGAGGGAAGAGUGCAACUGGGCUGGGAAGGACAUCACCGCUGAGUGCAUGAACUUCGUGAAGAUCCUGCACCCCUACAACCGGACCCACCUGUACGCCUGCGGCACCGGCGCCUUCCACCCCGUCUGUGCCUUCGUGGAGGCUGGCCAGAACGCAGAGGAGCCCGUCUUCAAGCUGGACCCCCGGCGCACCGAGGAUGGCAAAGGAAAGAGCCCCUACGACCCUCGGCACGCGGCCGCCUCCGUCCUCGUGGGCGAGGAGCUCUACUCCGGGGUGGCCACCGAUCUGAUGGGCCGUGACUUUACCAUCUUCCGCAGCCUGGGCCGGCGUCCCUCCAUCCGCACCGAGCAGCACGACUCACGCUGGCUCAACGAACCCAAGUUCGUGGCCGUUUUUUGGGUGCCGGAGAGCGAGGAUCCAGAUGACGACAAGAUCUACUUCUUCUUCCGUGAGACGGCGGUGGAGCGGCAGCAGGGAUUGGGCAAGACCAGCUUUGCCCGCAUUGGCCAGAUCUGCCGGAAUGACAUGGGUGGGCAGCGCAGCCUGGUGAACAAGUGGACGACCUUCCUGAAGGCUCGUCUCAUCUGUGCUGUGCCGGGACCCGAUGGGGCAGACACCCACUUUGAUGAGCUCCGGGACGUCUUUCUGCUACAGACAAGGGACAAGCGCAACCCCCUCAUCUAUGCCGUCUUCUCCACCUCCAGCUCCGUUUUCCAGGGCUCAGCCAUCUGCGUCUACACCAUGGCUGACAUCCGCCGGGCUUUCCUGGGUCCCUUCGCACACAAGGAGGGUCCCAACUACCAGUGGGUGUCGUACCAGGGGCGCGUGCCGUACCCCCGCCCAGGCAUGUGCCCCAGCAAAACCUUUGGCACCUUCGGCUCCACCAAGGACUUCCCGGAUGAGGUGAUCCAGUUCGCUCGGCACCACCCACUGAUGUACAACCCGGUGCUGCCCCACAGCCAGCGCCCGCUCUUCCUGCAAGCUGCCGUGCCCUACACUUUCACCCGCAUCGCCGUGGACCGCGUCACUGCUGCUGAUGGACACUAUGAUGUCCUCUUCAUCGGCACAGAUGUGGGCACAGUGCUGAAAGUGGUCUCGGUGCCCAAGGAGAGCUGGUACCACAUGGAACCGCUGCUGCUGGAGGAACUGCAAGUCUUCCAGGAUGCCUCCCCCAUCACCAGCCUCCAGAUCUCCUCCAAGAGGCAACAGCUCUAUGCGGGCUCAGCCACGGCGCUGGCCCAGCUGCCCCUGCACCGCUGCGGAGCCUACGGCAAAGCCUGUGCCGAGUGCUGCUUGGCCCGAGACCCGUACUGUGCCUGGGACGGCACCACCUGCACCCGCUAUGUGCCCAACACCAAGAGGCGUUUCCGGCGGCAGGACGUCCGCAACGGUGAUCCCAACAUGCUCUGCUCUGAAGACCCUCGACAGGGCAGCGUGCCCCAGAAGCAGCUCUAUGGAGUAGAGGGCAGCACCGCCUUCCUGGAGUGCAUCCCGAAAUCCCUGCAAGCCCGCGUCUUCUGGAUGUACCAGCGGACACCAGAUGACCCCCAGCGAGAGGUGCAGAUGGACGAGCGCAUGGUGCGUACGGAGCGGGGCAUCCUGCUGCGCAGCGUGCAGCGUGCUGACACUGGCCUCUACCUCUGCCACGCCACCGAGCACGGCUUCACCCAGCCCCUGCUGCGGCUCGCCCUGGAGGUGAUCGGCACCCGGCAGGCAGCGGGCAUGGCUCCCCCAGGAGACCCCCAGCUCGCUGCCAGGUCCCCCGGCCACAAGGUGUGGUACCAGGACUUCCUCCAGCUGGUGGAGCGCCCACCGCUGGGAGCUGCGGACAGGGUCUGCCAGCGGCUCUGGAGCCGGGGGAGACCCUCACUGCCUCCCCGUGCCCACGCCGGACCCCCCGGCCAUGGGCAGAGCAAGGAGCCACGCAAAGCCCGCCGCCGGCGCACCCACGAGGGGCCGCGGGCAGAGCGGGGUCCCCGCAGCGCAUCCCCCUGGUGACCCCAGGGCUGGCCCCGGGUGCUGGGCUCUGCCUAGGAGCGGGGCUGCGGGCGGGGGCAAAGCCCCCCGACAGUCUUGGCUGCCCCAACGGCAGCUCCGGAGCUGGGAGCGGGCAGCACUGGGGGGGCUCCAGCUCCGGGACCAGGAGGGCAACCAGGCUGACCACCCCCCUCGAGGGACCACCGGUCACCCGUGCCAUCGACCCCAGCAGCAGUGGGGGAGCCAGCCGGCUGCCGGCACCGCAGCAUCACCGAAAUAUUUAUUAACGACUGUUACAGAUGAAUGUAAACUUGCCCCGGCGAGGGGGGGCAGCAGUGCCAGGCUGUGCCCCCCUCCCCAGGCAUGGAACAGCAGAGGGACGGGACAGCAGGGGCACCUCCAGGUCCAGAGGGGCUGCGGUGGGAAUGGGACCCCAGAGGGGCAGGAAGGGCACUGGUGGGAUGGGGGGCUUGGCAGGAGGAGGGGU